ACAGACAUGGUGCAGGGCCCGCUCCACUCAGCCCUCGCACUCUUUUUGGUGCAAUGCAUGUUCAUCAUCCUGUUGUCGAGAUGUAUUGGAUGGCUGUUUGGCAAGAUACAACAGCCGUCGGUCAUUGCAGAGAUCAUUUCUGGUAUAAUAUUGGGACCGACUGCAAUGGGUCAGAUACCAAACUUCUCAGCGACACUCUUUCCCAAAGAGUCGGUGGACAUACUCAGCGUGUUUGCACAGGUCGGUCUCAUAUUCUUCAUGUUCAUCAUUGGACUUGAGCUUGAUCCCACCUUGUUCCGAUCACAGAUCAAAAAGUCAUCGAUCAUUGCCAUGGUCAGCAUCAUCUUCCCCUUUGGCCUUGGUCUAGCUGCAUCAGUCUAUCUUGCACACAUUCAAUCAACACGGUGGACAUACUCCCUUGGUAUCUUUAUUGGUGUGGCACUAUGUAUCACAGCAUUCCCGGUCCUCGCAAGGAUACUCACGGCCAAGAAGUUACUAUCUACGCCAAUUGGUAUAUUGACGAUAGCUUGUGCUGCGAUCAAUGAUAUAUGUGGAUGGAUACUAUUGGGUCUGUCAGUUAGUUUGGCGGGCAGCUCAAACUCGUUGGGAACAGUGUGGACUUUGUUGGCAGCUGCUGGAUUCGUUGCAGUAAUGUUGGUGAUCAUACGUCCAGUCUUAAACAAGGUACUUGGUCUGUUCUGGCAUGUCGAUCCGAAUGCAUCGACAGGAUCACAUCCACCAUCACCAUCACAUCUGGUCAUGAAUGGUGUAGUAUUCUUACUAUUCGCUGCAUCAUGGUCUACUGAAGUCAUUGGCAUUCAUGCAAUGUUUGGUGCAUUUACACUUGGAUCAAUCACACCAAAGACUGGUGGAUUCAAUCAAGCCAUCACGGAGAAGAUUGAAGACCUUAUCUUGGUCUUCUUGUUGCCGCUGUACUUUGUAGUGUCUGGUCUUCGAACGGACUUGACUACACUCAAUACUGGAGAUGCAUGGAUAGGCGUCCUGUUGAUCAUCUCAUGUGCAUGUGUUGGAAAGAUUGUUGGCUCGGGAGUGACUGCGUUCCUCUUGGGAAGUACUAAACGCGAUGCACUAUCCAUUGGUAUCCUCAUGAAUACUCGUGGACUGGUCGAGCUCAUUGUACUCAAUCUUGGAUUGGACUUUGGCAUCAUCAGUACCAAGGUCUUUGGCAUCAUGGUCCUCAUGGCAGUGUUCACUACACUCCUCACAAGCCCACUCAUAUCAUUGGUGAUGAAGAAGGAGCGUCCAAAGGAUGGCACAGAGGACUUCACCGUGGUUCUUUGCACACCAUCAUUGAAGAUCGGUCCAUCAUUGGUGGAUCUUGGUUACACGAUUGGCAACAAGACAGUUAGAACGGUCAGGCGAAAGAAGAUGAAGAAGGUUUAUUUGUUGUCGGUAUCCGAGGUCAACGAUCGUCCUUCCGACUUUAUUGGUCAGAUCAGGAGGGAUUUCUCCCGAUCAUCAUAUUCACAUCUCAUUCAUCAGGGUGCCGCUAUGAAGCUUAAGGUAUCCUAUCACUCAAUCGUAUCGGACAAUGAUCAUUUAUCCAAAGAGAUAAUUAGCUUCUCCAACAACAAAAAGGCUGAUCUACUCAUUGUUGGAAGGGACACUGGCAACAUGAUACAAGGUCGUGGUGGUAUGAUCAAUCAAGGUGUACAAUGGUCAAUCUUCAAGAAUGCCGUCACUCACAUCGGUGUGUUCACUGAUCGUUCUGGAUUCAAGAAUGCACCUCAUCGAUUCCGUCGAAUAUUAUUGUCAUACAUGGGUGGAAGCAAUCCAAAUGAUGCCGAGGCUUUGGACCUGGCCAUCAGGAUGUCCGAGACUGAUGGAGUACACGUCACUAUAGUGGUGUUUGACAGCAGACUCUAUGCACGAUACAGGAAGCAACAAUCAGAGAAGCAACUUAUGGCCGCAGUAGUUGAUCCCAAUAGCAACAACAACAUUCAAUCAAAUCCUUUGAACAGUUCAAUGUCGCCUGAUGGAGGUGGACCGACCACCGAUAACAUCAACAACACAGACAACAUCAACUCCACCAACACCAGCACCAACACCAACAAUGUAUUGGCGACAUCAAGACCACAAGUCAACUUUAACGAACCGAAUACUCUUGCUGGUACAACUGAAAGCUUGUCAAGAACAACAGAACUCUUGGCACUGGAUCCUAUGUAUAAGGAUGAACAUCUGGAACGAGUGAUGGAUGGAAAGAGUGUGGACAAGGUGGCUGCGAUAUACAAGCCAAAACGACACAGACUUAGGGUAAUCAUGGACAUGUGUGUACAUUACGAUCUGUUGGUAGUGCCUCACGAGGAGCGAAAGAAGAAGUCAACAACGACGUCACCAUUCCCUGGUAUCGACAGGAUGCGACGAUCAUUUGGUUUGAGACGUGUAAAUGAGACGAACGAUCAACAACAGCAUUUGGAUCAACAAUAUGAUGAGGAACCUAUCACGAUUGAGCUACCAUCUGCCAUCCAUGUUGGAGAGCCAACUUCAAUCCAUUACUCACCACCAUUGCAAUCUGACCACGACCAUGAUAUUAAUAUACCUCUUGAGGAGAGAACGAUGCCAACGACGGAUGACUCGCCACCAUCAGAUUUGACGCCGCCCCCUCUGCCGUCUUCCAAUGACUAUGAUGGCCAGGACUUCUGGAGCAACUGUCCAAUAUCAACAUUGAUCAUUUAUCGCAAGCCGACGACGGCGACGACAGCAGCUGCUCAAGACAACACACCAUACAGCGAUCUCCAAGAGGUCAGCAUCCCACCACCGAGCAGCAGUGGCAACGAGACGACAAACCAAGGCCAA